GCUGGACCUCGACGGCCUAGUCUCUCCGGGGCCCCCGCACGUAGUGGGUCUCCGCCUCGACUCCGCCAGCCAUGUCCAGCCUCCAGGCGCUGUGCUCCGGCCUGCCCUUGCGGCCCCUCCCAGAGAACCGUGGACGCUGGGCCGGGGUGCCCCACGCCCCGGUCAGGACCCCCGGCCUCAGCCCCGCUGAGGAGCAGCUGGCGCUGAGGAAUGCCCUUCGGUACUUCCCCCCGGACACCCAGGAGCUGCUGGCCCCCGAGUUUGCCCAGGAGCUGCGACUGUACGGGCACAUCUACAUGUACCGCUUCUGCCCCGACAUUGAAAUGAAGGCCUACCCGGUGGAGCAGUACCCCUGCCGGACGAGGGUGGCUGCGGCGGUCAUGCACAUGAUCAUGAACAACCUGGACCCUGCGGUGGCCCAGUUUCCCCAGGAGCUCGUGACCUACGGAGGAAACGGGCAGGUGUUCAGCAACUGGGCUCAGUUCUGGCUGACGAUGUCCUACUUGUCCCAGAUGACCGAGGAGCAGACGCUGGUCAUGUACAGCGGACACCCCCUGGGCCUCUUCCCCAGCAGCCCCGGGGCCCCAAGGCUGGUCAUCACCAAUGGGAUGGUCAUUCCCAACUACUCCUCCAGGAUGGAGUACGAGAAGCUCUUUGCCAUGGGGGUGACGAUGUACGGCCAGAUGACGGCGGGCAGUUACUGCUACAUUGGUCCCCAAGGCAUCGUCCACGGCACAGUGCUCACCGUGCUGAACGCCGGGCGGCGGUACCUGGGCGUCCAGGACCUGGCCGGGAAGGUCUUUGUCACCUCCGGGCUCGGCGGGAUGAGUGGGGCUCAGGCCAAAGCCGCCGUCAUCGUGGGGUGCGUUGGCGUGAUUGCAGAGGUGGAUGGGGCGGCCCUCAUGAAACGCCACAAGCAAGGUUGGCUGAUGGAAGUGACCGACAGCUUGGACCGCUGCAUUGAAAGACUCAGGGAAGCGAGGAAGAGGAAGGAGGCCCUCAGCCUUGGUUACCAUGGCAACGUGGUGGAUCUUUGGGAGCGCCUGGUCCAUGAACUGGACACAACGGGGGAGCUUUUGGUGGACCUGGGGUCAGACCAGACAUCCUGCCACAACCCGUUCAACGGUGGCUACUACCCCGUGCAGCUGGGCUUCUCAGAGGCCCAGGGCCUCAUGGCCUCCGACCCUGCCGCCUUCAAAGCCCUGGUCCAGGAAAGCCUGAGGAGGCACGUCUCGGCCAUCAACAGGCUGGCCCAGGAGAACUUCUUCUUUUGGGACUAUGGCAACGCCUUCCUCCUGGAGGCCCAGAGAGCAGGGGCUGACGUGGGCAAGACGGGCGCCAACAGGACGGAGUUCCGCUACCCCUCGUACGUCCAGCACAUUAUGGGGGACAUAUUCUCCCAGGGAUUUGGGCCUUUCCGCUGGGUGUGCACGUCCGGGGACCCGCAGGACCUGGUGGUCACGGAUCAGCUGGCCACUUCAGUGCUGGAGGAGGCCAUUGCUGGUGGAGUGAGUCCGGCUGUGGGGCAGCAGUACGUGGACAGCAUCCGCUGGAUCCGGGAGGCCUCGCAGCACCGGCUGGUGGUGGGCUCCCAGGCCAGGAUCCUGUACUCGGACCAGAAAGGCCGUGUGGCCAUCGCCACGGCCUUCAACCAAGCCAUCGCCUGUGGGAAGAUCAAGGCACCGGUGGUCCUGAGCCGAGACCACCAUGACGUAAGCGGCACAGACAGCCCGUUUAGGGAGACCUCCAACAUUUGUGACGGCUCUGCCUUCUGUGCGGACAUGGCCGUGCAGAACUUCGUGGGAGGUGCAUUCCGGGGAGCCACCUGGGUUGCCCUGCACAACGGCGGGGGUGUCGGCUGGGGCGAGGUGAUCAACGGGGGGUUUGGCCUUGUGUUGGACGGGACCCAGGAGGCUGGGCAGAAGGCCAGGAUGAUGCUCAGCUGGGACGUCUCCAAUGGAGUGGCCCGCCGCUGCUGGUCCGGGAACCCGAAGGCCUACGAGAUCAUCUGCCGGACGAUGCAGGAGGACAGGGGCUUGGUGGUGACGCUGCCCCACGCGGUGGCGGACGAGCGCGUGCUCCAGCGGGCCCUGCGGCUGUGAGUGGGGCCAAGAGCCCUGUGGUCCCCUCACCACGCGGGCCCCGCCCUCACCUCACAGCCGCCUGGCUCCCCCC